GGAUCCAGGGAAAGGACGGUACUGGAGGGGAGUGGGGACAAAAGCAGCUUCCAAGGUAAACUCACUUGAGUGACUGAGGCCAGGCAAAACACACGGGAAAGAUUAUCUGUAGCCUGAGACCCUUUCAUAGACACUGAUGACACGUUUGUACAAAACAAGCAAUUUGAGGAGAAACUUCUGGGACGUCAGAAAGGAGUGAUUGAUUAAUAGUUGUGUUUAAGUGACUUUAAAGAGAACUAACGUACACUAUUAGGGAGGAGGAAGAGCAUUACAAAAUCUCCAACAGCCGCCGCAGCAACCGCGCGAUAAAGGAAGGCUUUGGAUGAAGAUGGGAGACAGAGAGGUCAGCUGCUUGUUGACCUCCCUCACUGUAGUCUGCCUAGUGGUAACCCCUGGGAGCAGGGCCUGUCCUCACCGCUGUGCCUGUUACGUGCCCACAGAGAUGCACUGUACAUUUCGGUACCUGACCUCCAUUCCAGACGGCAUCCCAGCCAAUGUGGAACGCAUAAAUUUAGGGUACAACAGCCUUGCUAGAUUGGCAGAAGAUGAUUUUUAUGGGCUGGACAAACUGGAGUUACUCCUGCUGCACAGUAACGGCAUUCACACAGUCCCUGACAAGACCUUCUCCAGUUUGCAUUCCUUGCAGGUCUUAAAACUGAGCUAUAACAAAGUCCAAAUAAUUCAGAAGGAUACUUUUUAUGGGCUCAGGAGCUUGACCCGGUUGCACAUGGAUCACAACAGCAUUGAGUUUAUCAACCCUGAGGCAUUUUAUGGACUCACCUCGCUCCGCCUGGUACAUUUAGAAGGAAAUCGGCUCACAAAGCUCCAUCCAGACACAUUUGUCUCAUUAAGCUAUCUCCAGAUAUUUAAAACCUCUUUCAUUAAGUACCUGUACUUGUCUGAUAACUUCCUGACCUCCCUCCCAAAAGAAAUGGUCUCCUACAUGCCAAACCUAGAAAGCCUCUAUUUGCACGGAAACCCAUGGACCUGUGACUGCCAUUUAAAGUGGUUGUCUGACUGGAUACGGGGAAAGCCAGGUAUAAUAAAAUGCAAGAAGGACAGAAGCCCCUCCAGUCCUCAGCAGUGUCCCCUCUGCAUGAACCCCAGGAUCUCUAAAGGCAGACCCUUUGCUAUGGUACCAGCUGGAGCUUUCCUGUGUACAAAGCCAACCAUUGACCCAUCACAGAAGCCAAAGAGCCUGGCUAUUCAGGAAGACAAUGGAUCUGCCUUCCUGUCACCCCAAGAUUUCAUAAAACCUUUCGGUUCCCUGUCUUUGAACAUGACAGACCUGUCUGGAAACAAGGCCCAUGUGGUCUGUAGUAUCCAAAAGCCGUCCAGGACAUUGCCAGUUGCAUUCACUGAAGAAAAUGACUACAUCAUGCUAAAUAUGUCAUUUUCAACAAAUCUGGUGUGCCGUGUAGAUCAUAAUCACAUUCAGACAGUGUGGCAACUACUGGCUUUGUACAGUGACUCUCCUCUGAGACUGGAAAGGAAGCCACAGCUUACUGGGACUCCACAGCUGUCCUCCAAAUAUAAACAGGUGGCUCUUCUGCCUGAAGACAUUUUUACCAACAUAGAGGCUGAUUUCAGAGCCGAUCCUUUUUGGCUCCAACAAGAAAAAGUUUUCUUGCAGCUGAACAGAAACACCACCACACUUAGCACAUUACAGAUCCAGUUCUCCAGUGAUGCUCAAAUCACUUUACCAAGGGCAGAGAUGAGACCAGUGAGACUCAAAUGGACUAUGAUUCCAAGAAUGAACAAUACCAAACUGGAACACACUGUUUUGGCUGGUGGCACUAUUGCCUUGGACUGUCCGGGCCAAGGUGACCCUUCACCUCACUUGGAAUGGCUUCUAGCCGAUGGGAGUAAAGUGAGAGCCCCUUAUGUUAGUGAGGAUGGGCGAAUCCUAAUAGACAAAAAAGGAAAAUUGGAACUCCAGAUGGCUGACAGCUUUGACACGGGCCUUUACCACUGCAUAAGCACCAACUAUGAAGAUGCUGACAUUCUUACCUAUAGGAUAACCGUGGUAGAGCCCCAUGUCGAAAACAUGCAUGAAAACGGAGUUCAGCAAACAGUGGUCUCUGGUGAGACACUCGAUCUUCCAUGCCAUUCCACUGGUAUUCCAGAUGCUUCUAUUAGCUGGGUUCUUCCAGGAAACACUGUGUUCUCUCAGUCAUCAAGAGACAGGCAAAUUCUUAACAAUGGGACCUUAAGAAUAUUACAGGUUACCCUAACAGACCAAGGUCAUUAUCGCUGUGUAGCGGCCAACCCAUCAGGGGUGGAUUUUUCCAUUUUUCAAGUUUCGGUCCAAAUGAAAGGCCAAAGGCCAGUUGAGCAUGAUCGGGAAGCAGAUGGAUCUGGACUUGGAGAACCCAAUCCCAGUGUUCCCUCUAGGCAGCCACCAUCUUUGAAACUCUCUGCAUCAGCUUUGACAGGGGCAGAGGCUGGAAAACAAGUCUCCAGGAUACGUAAGAAGGACAAAUAUAGAGAGUUCAUACAUCGACGGCGUGGGGAUUCCACACUCCGGCGUUUCAGGGAGCAUAGGAGGCAGUUCCCUCUCUCUGCUCGGAGAAUUGACCCACAACACUGGGCAGCACUUUUAGAGAAAGCAAAAAAGAAUCCUGUGCCAAAGCAGCAAGAAAAUACCACAGUAGAGCCAGUGCCGCUGGGUGCUCCACUUGUGGCGCUCCCUGCUGAGGAAGAACACGCUUCCGGUAUGAUUUCUCUAGAUGAAGAAUUCACAGUUCAUAAAACUAAAGCUUCUGGUGUCACAGAACGGUCAUCAACUGCUGACUCCAGACCAGUAUCUUAUGGCUUUGUGACAAGUGUAACUUCUGGCAUAGAAGUCUUCUCUACUAUGAAUCCACAAAUACUACCAUCUAAUCACCGUCCCGAUUUCAAACUAUCCAAUGUUAUUGACACCACAGCUGUGUCAAAGAGAAUACACCCAAGUGGAACAAGCAAACUAGAAAAUGCAACCAACCAAAAUUCAAGCAUUAUCUUUCCAUCAGUAUCUGGAGUAACUGAAAUUCAGGAUGCUGUUCAGAUGGGGAGAAGAGCAUCUUCCCAAAGUACACACCCAGUCCCAGGGGGAACCAUGGCUGCUGAUGGCUGUGCCAACAUGCCAAGUAUCUGCACCAGCAAAGCUGAUACAGUCUUGCCAUCAGCAAAUCCAACAGAGGAUUAUGAGCAUCACACACUUAUAACAGGAGAGAGCCGAGCGAGGAAUAAUGACACUUCUUCUCACACUGCUAAAGAUCCUAGCUUCCCUAAGCACCUUUCAGAUUCACACACUGCUGCCCCUUCUCUAUUUCACAUGCCUAGAAACAGUACCGCUAACUUCACCUUGUCCAGGCACUUUGGGAGACAGAGCAGAGGACGACUUAUAAGCCCAUAUAGAACCCCAGGUCUCAGACGGCAUAGAUAUAAGAUUGUGAGGCCAGCACUCAAGGGACCUGCUAACAGAAGUACUAGUGAAUUUUCAGCAACAGAGCCCAAUAGGAUGUGCCCAACCUGUUCUUCUACAGAGAGGCUCACCCUGGCUACUACAGCAUGGUCCAUUCCAGGCUCAUCCAUCAGCACCCUCCCCAGAGCUAUCAUCACCGGGGACAUAGCAGAAAAGUCUACCACUGUGGUUCAGAACCCAGCAUUAUUAUUUAUGAACAAACAAAACGUAGAUAUUGAGACAUUAACAACUACUAUAAAAUAUUUCAGAGAUGAAAGUACCCAAGUGACUCCCAAUGAAGCAAGCAUGACUUCUGCUCCAACACCUGUAUCCCUGGAAAAAAAACCAGUAGACAAUAGUGGUUACCCGAGUGUGUCUAGUACCAUUCAAGCUGAAAGAGAUUCAGUGGUGACAACACCACUUCCCAGUCUGCGCAGCAAACCCUCGAUGCCAACAAAAGCAACAAACAAAAAAUUCUCAAGAAAGAAAAUUCCCCGGCACCAAAUCUUUACAAAUAACCAUAGCAAAAAAGGGAUGUUAAAGAAUCUGUAUCAGUUUGGUUUACAAAAGAACACAGCCACACUGUUUCCCCAAAUAGCUCCUCUUUUACCCACAGAUCAUAGCCCCCCCUUACCUUCUACAACAGUCUCUGCAACUCUGAUGCAAACUCUGUCCGCAGCAAUGGCUUCCACUCACCACAAUGCCACUGACGGUGCCAGAAGUCUCUCAGGUGGCAAGCAGCAGCCCUUCACCAACUCCUCCCCAGGGCUUCCUAGGGCCACAAGCAAGGGAGGUAGUACAAUGACCUUCCUGUCAAUGGAAACUGCCACCCUGGCAACUCCUGCUGCCCCUGAAUCUGUCAUGAUCUCUGAAACCCAAAUAGCAAGUUCCAAAGAAGCAAAAGACCAAAUAAAGCGGCUUCAGAAGAGCAGGCAUGACCCAAACACCACCCCAGGGCAGAGUUCAGGCUUCAGCAUGUACCUGGCUCCAACAGCAGCUGACACUUCCUCGACUUUCACUCCCUCGUCACGACAAGACACUAGCAGAAUUGUAAGCACAGUUGCUCUCCACUCAGAAACCAGUCUCUUGGGCCUCACUGAAGUGUCACAGAAGUGUACUCAGACUUUGGGAAAUACAACAGCUUCAGAAAGGACUUUGUUCAACCUUUCACAGGAGGUAACCACCAUGAAAAGAGCUUCAGACAUACCACCAUUCCUCAUCAGUGGGGUGCCUCUGAUGCCCAUUCCUUCCCCUCCUCCCUUUACUAGGGGUGUGGUUACAGACAGUGAGGUCACACCCACAUCGAUUUUCAAGACGAUGACCAAUAGAAUGGUCACCAUUAAUGAAUCCUCAAAGCACAAUAGAGAUCUGCAGCAAUCCUCAGCAGAGCCUGGCCCAGAUCCCAGGAUCAGAACUGGAGCCACUUACUCUACCUCCUCUAAUCUGUUCCUUUCAACACCUGUGCCAACAUUAAGAAUAAAUAAACCACAGAAUUCUAAAUGGAAGCCCUCUCCCUGGCCAGAAAACCACUUUCAGCGCAAGUCAUACUCAGAAACUAUUGUAAAGGGCAAAAGACCAGCAGGGAGCAUGUGGUCCCCUCUCAGCUUUCCAGAGGCCAGCACCCAUGCCUUACAUUGGAAUGGACAGAAGCAUGCCGAGAGUGUCUUUGAUAAGAAACCUGUUCAAAAUCCAACUUCCAAACUCCUUCCCUCUGGCUCUUUACCUAGAACUAUAUUGGAAAAACCAAGAAUAAUUGGAGGAAAGGCUGCAAGUUUUACUAUUCCAACCAACUCCGAUGCCUUUCUUCCCUGUGAGGCUGUUGGAAACCCCCUGCCCACCAUCCACUGGACCAGAGUCUCUCCAGGACUUGAACUAUCCCAAGGGACACAGAAAAGCAAGUUCCAUGUGUUUCCUAACGGCACUUUGUCCAUCCGGAGGGUCACUAUUCAGGACCGUGGACAGUACCUGUGCUCUGCAUCUAAUCCUCUAGGCAAAGACCACCUUCAUGUCAUGUUGUCUGUGGUUUCCUAUCCUGCCAGGAUCCUGGAGAGACAUGCCAAGGAGAUCACAGUUCAUUCUGGAAGUACUGUGGAAUUAAAGUGCAGAGUGGAAGGUUUGCCAAUGCCUACAGUUUCCUGGAUACUUGCAAACCAAACAGUGGUCUCAGAAACAUCCAAGGGAAACAGAAAGGUCUGGGUAACGUCUGACGGGACCUUGGUCAUCCGCAAUCUGAGUCUCUAUGACCGUGGCUUUUACAAGUGUGUGGCCAGCAACCCAGCUGGCCAGGAUUCACUGCUCAUUAAGAUACAAGUCAUCACAGCUCCCCCAGUUAUUCUAGAGCAGAAGAAGCAAGCCAUCAUUGGGGUUUCAGGUGAAAGUUUGAAACUGCCCUGCACUGCAAAAGGAACUCCGCAGCCCAGUGUUCACUGGGUCCUCUAUGAUGGGACUGAACUAGAACCGCUGCAGUUGACUCAUCCCAAGUUUUUCUUGUAUUCAAAUGGAACUCUGUACAUAAGAAACAUUGCUCCUUCAGACAGGGGCACUUACGAAUGCAUUGCCACCAGUUCCUCAGGCUCAGAGAGAAGGGUAGUGAUUCUUACAGUGGAAGAGCGAGAGACAGUCCCCAGGAUAGAAAUUGCCUCUCAGAAAUGGACAGAGGUGAAUUUGGGUGAGAAACUACUACUGAACUGCUCAGCUACUGGGGAUCCAAAACCUAGAAUAAUCUGGAGGUUACCAUCCAAGGCUAUCAUCGACCAGUGGCACAGAAUGGGCAGCCGCAUCCAUGUUUAUCCGAAUGGAUCCUUAGUUAUUGGACCAGUGACAGAAAAAGAUGGUGGUGACUACUUGUGUGUGGCAAGGAACAAAAUGGGAGACGAUCUGAUCCUGAUGCAUGUCCGUCUAAGAUUGACACCUGCCAAAAUUGAACAGAAGCAGCACUUUAAGAAGCAAGUGCUCCAUGGGAAAGAUUUCCAAGUUGACUGCAAGGCUUCUGGCUCCCCUGUGCCUGAGGUAUCCUGGAGUUUGCCUGAUGGAACAAUGAUCAACAACGCCAUGCAAGCUGAUGACAGUGGCCACAGGACCAAGAGGUACACCCUCUUCCACAACGGGACCUUGUAUUUCAACAAAGUUGGAAUCGCAGAGGAAGGAGAUUAUAUUUGCUAUGCCCAGAAUACCUUAGGGAAGGAUGAAAUGAAAGUCCACCUAACCGUUGUAACAUCCAUCCCACGGAUAAAGCAAGGCGACGAGACCAACAUGAGGAUCAGGGCUGGAGACACAGCUGUCCUUGACUGUGAGGUCAUUGGGGAACCCACACCAAGUGUAUUUUGGUUGCUGCCUUCCAAUGAUGUCAUUUCAUUCUCCAAUGACAGGUACAUAUUUCAUGCCAAUGGAACUUUGUCCAUUAAUAAAGUGAAAGUGCUGGACUCUGGGGAGUAUGUGUGUGUAGCUCGGAACCCUAGUGGGGAUGACACUAAAAUGUACAAACUAGACAUUGUCUCUAAACUUCCACUAAUCAAUGGUCUGUACACAAACAGAACUGUUAUUAAAGCCACAGCUGUUCCGCACUCCAAAAAACUCUUUGACUGCAGAGCAGAUGGGAUCCCAGCUCCCCAGAUCAGGUGGAUUAUGCCAGAUAAUAUUUUCCUCACAGCUCCAUACUAUGGAGGCAGAAUCACAGUCCAUAAGAAUGGAACCUUGGAGAUUAGGAAUAUCAGGCUUUCUGAUUCAGCGGAUUUUAUCUGUGUGGCUCGGAAUGAAGGGGGAGAGAGUAUGCUGGUGGUACAGUUACAAGUACUGGAAAUGCUGAGAAGACCAACAUUCAGAAAUCCAUUUAAUGAAAAAGUAAUUGCUCAGGUUGGCAAGUCCAUAGCACUGAACUGCUCUGUUGAUGGGAACCCACCACCUGAAAUCAUCUGGAUUUUACCUGAUGGCACACGGCUUUCUAAUAGACCACAACAUUCUUCCUAUCUGAUAGCAAGCAAUGGUUCUCUCAUCAUUUAUAAAACAACUCGGAACAAGUCAGGAAAGUAUCGCUGUGCAGCUAGAAAUAAAGUUGGCUAUAUCGAGAAACUCAUCCUAUUAGAAAUUGGACAGAGGCCAGUUAUUCUGACAUAUGCACUAGGAAUGGUAAAAAGUGUCAGUGGAGAAUCUCUAUCACUGCACUGUCUGUCUGAUGGAAUCCCUAAGCCAAAUGUCAAAUGGACUACACCAAGUGGUCAUGUCAUAGACAGACCCCACGUUAAUGGAAAGUACAUACUGCAUGAAAAUGGCACAUUGGUCAUCAAAGAAACAACAGCUUAUGACAGGGGAAAUUAUAUCUGUAGGGCUCAAAACAGUGUUGGCCACGCAGUGGUAACUGUUCCAGUGAUGAUUGUGGCCUACCCUCCCCGAAUUAUAAAUUACCCACCCAGGAGCGUACUCAGGAGGACGGGAGAAGCAGUGCAGCUCCACUGUAUGGCCCUGGGAGUCCCCAAGCCACAGAUUAUCUGGGAGAGGCCAGGACACUCCCUGCUCCCAAAGGCAAGAGAAAGGAAAACCCAUGGAAGUAAGCCGCUUCCCCCACAAGGCACGCUGGUCAUUCAGGAUCUCCAAACCUCAGAUUCUGGAGUCUACAAAUGCACAGCCCUGAACCUACUUGGCACUGAUUAUGCAACAACUUACAUUCAAGUCAUCUGACAGGAAGUAAAACCAAUACUGAACAGAGUCAACAUCUGAAGGGUUUAUUGUUUUUGUUUUUUUGUGUUUUUUUUUUUUUGGAAGAAGUUUAAUCAAAGGCAGCCAUAGGCAUGGAAAUGAAUUUGGAUACAUUUACAGUAUUAAAUUUACAAUGGACAUGCAAAAGAGACUUGUAAAUAAAUGCAUUAUGAAAUGA